AUGAAAGCUAUUUAUGAACCAGGGCGGGAACUGUGCAUUGAUGAGUCUAUGGUGUUAUGGCGGGGAAGACUAAUUUUCCGUCAGUACAUCAAGAACAAAAGACAUAAAUAUGGUAUAAAGCUAUAUGUACUGACAGAACCAAAUGGACUUGUCAUCAACUUUGCUGUGUAUGCCGGAGUCAAUGAUUUUGACCUUGGAGGUGUCGGUCAUUCAAAAACUGUGGUCUUGCAUCUUAUGCAAGAUAGGCUUGACUUAGGUCAUGCGGUAUACAUGGACAAUUAUUAUAAUAGCUUUGACUUGUCUAAAGAGCUACUUGACCGGAAAACCUACACUACAGGAACCCUCAGAGCUAAAUGCAAAAAUACACCUUCCGAGGUUGUAGAGACCAAGCUCGCACAUGGGGAGGUAACAUGCUACUGCGCUGAUGGAGUUGCAAUUGGUAAAUGGCAUGACAAAAGUGAUGUAAGUUUUAUUUCAACAGAGCAUGUUCUUGACAUGGAAGAGUGUAAGAAUAAACGAGGUGAAACUACAAUGAAACCCACAGCUAUAGUUGAAUACAAGUACAUGAAAGGAGUUGAUCGUCAAGAUCAGAUGCUGGCUUAUUACCCCGUCACACGAAAAACCACACGAUGGUACAAAAAACUUGGCAUUCACACCAUUGAAAUGAUGGUGGUGAAUUCGUACAUGAUGUUCAAGAGCCAUUCUGGAUUACAGCGUCUGUCUCUGUAUGACUAUCGCUUGUGUGUGGUAGAACGACUACUACCACCUGAUUAUGUCUCUUCAAAUCGAGGAAUGAGAGUAGACAUCCAACCAACUCCAGGAAUGCAUUUUGCAUCUAGGAUGCCUGCUGCUCCUAGUGGAAGGACCCUACGAAAGAGAUGCUGUUUGUGUCUACGAAAAGGGAAGAGGAAAGACACGAUCUUCUACUGUACCAAAUAUCCGGGACAGCCUGGUCUGUGCUUGGGAGCUUGUUUUGUGCAGUUUCACAGUGUGACAUGA